CUCUCGUAGCCACGCCCCCGAGGAGGGCAGAACGCGUGCGCGCGCGCGUGCGUGCUCGCGUGUGUAGGCGGUGUUUGAGGCCGGCCAGUUGUGACUGGGCGGCAGUGCGGUCAGUGACUGCCGGGAGUCCUGCAGGGGCGGGGCGGGGCGGCGCCGAGCGCAGGGAGCCCGGGUGAGAGGCAGCCCAGAUUGAAGAUGGAUACGUGACAAUCCCAGGGACCGCUGCACUGACUUCGUUUCCUUAGACAAGACACAGUGUAGGGCCCGGCCCGUGUUGGCCCCGGGACUCCUUUGGAAUACAGCUGUGGACAAUGAAUCCUGCAAGCGAUGGGGGCACAUCAGAGAGCGUUUUUGACCUGGACUAUGCUUCCUGGGGGAUCCGCUCCACACUGAUGGUCGCUGGCUUUGUCUUCUACUUGGGCGUCUUUGUGGUCUGCCACCAGCUGUCUUCCUCCCUGAAUGCCACUUACCGUUCUUUGGUGGCCAGAGAGAAGGUCUUCUGGGACCUGGCGGCCACGCGUGCAGUCUUUGGUGUUCAGAGCACAGCCGCAGGCCUGUGGGCUCUGCUGGGGGACCCUGUGCUUCAUGCCGACAAGGCACGUGGCCAGCAGAACUGGUGCUGGUUUCACAUCACAACAGCAACGGGAUUCUUCUUCUUUGAAAAUGUUGCAGUCCACCUGUCCAACUUGGCCUUCCGGACAUUUGACUUGUUUCUGGUUAUCCACCAUCUCUUUGCCUUUCUUGGGUUUCUUGGCUGCAUGGUCAAUCUCCAAGCUGGCCACUAUCUAGCUAUGACCACAUUGCUCCUGGAGAUGAGCACGCCCUUUACCUGCGUUUCCUGGAUGCUCUUAAAGGCAGGCUGGUCCCAGUCUCUGUUUUGGAAGCUCAACCAGUGGCUGAUGAUUCACAUGUUUCACUGCCGCAUGGUCCUGACCUACCACAUGUGGUGGGUGUGUUUCUGGCACUGGGAUGGCCUGGUCAGCAGCCUGUAUCUGCCUCAUUUGGCACUCUUCCUUGUUGGACUGGCUCUGCUUACACUAAUCAUUAAUCCAUAUUGGACCCAUAAGAAGACUCAGCAGCUUCUCAAUCCGGUGGACUGGAACUUUGCACAGCCAGAAGCCAAGAGCAGGCCAGAAGGCAACGGGCAGCUGCUGCGGAAGAAGAGGCCAUAGCUGCUCCAGCCGGGGCUCCUGGGCAGCAGCGGAUCUGGCACACCGAUUCUGGGAAGCUCCGUGAAUAAUGGCUUUUGAAUUAAUGAGGCAGUGAAUGUUUUGUGUUUAGUUCUAAGGGAAAUACUAACUUUAUUUCUCAUUAGUAUUAAUUUUGAAGUAGCUACAAAGUAUUUUUAAGAAAUUAUAAUUUUGUGACUGUCCUGGCAGGUUCUGUCAGUUUAGCCGUGCCAGACCUUGUCAAGCAUCUAGGAGAGGAGUCCAUGGCGUCCAGGCAUCCGGGCAUCACACCUGUUGAGGAGUGGCGUGGCUUUGAAUUCUGGAAAUAGCUUCAUAGUGAAGUGCCUGCCACAGGGCGGGUUGGUCAGUGUUGAUUCUUUCCAGCAGCACACUGAUAUGCUGUGUGUCUUAUUCAGAAGUCACAUUCUUUUCAGUUGGAGAGAAUUGGGCUAAGAUAGAAAAUAACAUGAUUUGUUCCUUGUUAAAGUUUCCCAGCGUUUGAAAUUCUAAGCUGGGUGGGGUGGCUCACACCCAGCAUAAUCCCAGCACUUUGGGAGGCCGAGGCAGGUGGAUCACUUGAGGCCAGGAGUUCGAGACCAGCCUGGUCAAGAUGCUGAAACCCCAUCUCUAGUAAAAUUACAAAAAUUAGCCAGGUGUCGUGGCACACACCUGUAAUCCCAGCUACUUGGGAGGCUGAGGCACGAGAAUUGCCGGAACCCGGGAGGCGGAGGUUGCAGUGAGCUGAGAUCGCACCACUGGGCUCCAGCCUGGGUGACAGAGCAAGACUCUGUCUCAAAAAAAAAAAAAAAAAAAAAAAAAAAAAAAAAAAAAAAAAAAAAAAAAAAAAUUCUAAACCCAAGUGUAUGGCAGUGCCAUCUGGUGGCAAAUGGUACAAAGACAAGGCUGAGGGGUAGUGACUCCUGUAGCAGCAGAGACGCCUUGGAGUUUAACCCCCACCAACCAGAGCAUGGGCUGGUCAAGAUGAAAUCUUGCAAGUUUUUGUUUUUUUUUUUUUAAAUCAUGGUACCUGUUUUAAAAUGAGAAGUUAUUAUUCAUACUGUAUUGCUCAUUUGGCAAAAUAAGGUAGGUAUUUCGUAAUCAGGUUGUCUGGGUUUUAGAGCUGUUUUUAAUUGACUGAGUUACCUACAGGCACCCAAUCUAGACCCUGAUUCCGUGGUUGGUGUUUCCCUGUAGAUUUCAAGACAAGUAGUGAUAUCAUUUUCCCCCUGAGCUGUAGGGUGGACCUGGACCCCUCAGAGAUGCUCAACUUCAGGGUCCUGGGGUCCCUAGAAUGGUCCUGCAGCAGCCCCUGGCAAUGAGCUGCCUGACGAUGAGUCCCAAGUUACCUUGUUCCUACUGUUUUAUACCCAGGUAGAAGUUAUACACCAAUUUAGGAAUUUUGUUAACAGACAUACAAAAUUGUGUGUGUGUUUGUGUGUAUGUGUGUGUGUGUUUGUUUUGACAUAAAUGUGCAAUUAAAAUUCAAAGUUUAUUUAUCACAAGCACCUUUGAAAUGAGUGUGGAAAACGUCGGCUGCUCAUGAGAAUCAUGUGUGACUUAUGUUCCUUAUGUUUUAUGGAACUCUCAGAACAGUGUUUUGUUUUUGUUUAGUUUUUGUUUUCGUUUUUUUGAGACGGAGCCUCGCUCUGGCCCCCAGGCUGGAGUCCAGUGGUGUGAUCUUGGCUCACUGCAAUCUCCACCUCCCAGGUUCCAGGGAUUCUCCUGCCUCACCCUCUCAAGUAGCUGGGAUUACAGGCACCUGCCACCAUGCCUGGCUAAUUUUUUGUAUUUUUAGUAGAGACAGGGUUUCACCAUGUUGGCCAGGCUGGUCUCCGACUCCUGACCUCAAGUGAUCUGCCCACCUCGGCCUCCCAAAGUUCUGGGAUUACAGGCAUGAGCCACUGCACCCGGCCCGGAGCAGUGUAUUUUGAUUGCUGGUGCUUUAACUUUAUUGACCAAGGUGUAUAGUAACCUAUUUAUCACAUUUUAUGAAGCAGUUUUGAUCUUAGAUCCAUCCAGCAAAUGGUGUCCCUGCUGAAACUUUUAACUGGAAACCCCACACCCUGGCAGGCAGCACUCUCUGUAGCCGUGCCCUUGUGGAGUCAGCAGGAGCUGGUGUUUUUCAGCCAGACAGAGGCAUAAUAAAGUGACUGAUGUUUACAGAA